AUGGAUAUGCUUUUGGAUAUUAUUAUAAUACGACACCGUACAAUUAUAACUACAAUCGCAAUCGGUACUAUGGUCCCAGCAGUAAUCAAAAUGGCAUUUAUGAUAACAAUCGUUAUGGAAAUUAUCAAAAUUUGCGAUUAUAAUCAACGACGAAUAAAUUCGUGCGCUUAUAUGUUGACGAAAUUAGACGCAUUCCAACAAACAACCGGAUUGGUUGAAAAACUUACGAUGUGGAAUAUUUUUAAGAAAUCUCGAGAUGAACUGCUAAGUAUUUGCGAUGCUUAUAAUCAGUACAUUGAAUGUAUUGGUGGUAAUUCCAUAAAGCAAUUGUGCUACUCCCGAGAACCAUUUCGCAGUCGCUAUGCUACAACUGACAAUGCAUUGAGUUAUGCAUGCGGUGAAGGAUAUCCGUUUCUGUAUACGAGCUGGUAUUGUAUUCAAGAGGUGGCAACAGGUACAACAUACAUGAAAUGCAUCAAUAUCGUUAGAGCUGAACAGAAAAUGGAUUAUUAUCAGCUGUUGCCAAACUUAUUAAGUGCUUGCAGCAAUUUGCAAGCAUACGUUCAUUGCAUCCGACCAGCAGUUGAAAAUCGUUGUGGUCGACAUGCAUACUUCGCUGUUCUUAUGACAAUACGCCGUUCGGGUGAAAUGGUGUUUCCGUAUUGUACAUUGGCUGCUACGUGUUUACGAAAAGAUGGUCAAAUUGUUGGAAGUUUGAAGAAAUUAUUUUUAAUGGUUGGAUGUAGACAUGGAAACGGCAGUGCUGAAUGCAUCACUGAUUUGGUUACGAAAGAAAGCAGUGCUGAAGGUGUGGAAAGUGAUAAAUGGGCAGAAAAGUUCUGCCAAAAAUUUAUUAAUAAUUUGACCAUGCGCUCAUUUAUUGCAUCGCUUGUGUUGUCUAUUCUUCUGCUGAAUUUUGAUGCCUUUUGUAAUUCGAGUGGUCAAUUGAGUCAGCGGGAAUCAGCUCCACCGAGACCAUUUUUCCCACUCAGUUCGAAGAAAUACCUUGUUGACCAUUAUACUGGUAAUGAUGCAGAACCAGAGAAUCUCUUAUAUAACUCUGAAAUUGUUGUUGUCAUGUAUUAUGCACCAUGGAGCAGGCGAUGCACCAGAACACGUAUAAUCUUCGAAAACGUUGCUAGAAGCUUAAGUGCAUCUUCUGAUAUAUCAUUCGCAGCAGUCAACUGUUUUUUUCCGCAUGGAGAAUGCAGAAAAUCUCAUAAAACUUACACAUAUCCUGUCAUCGUUGCUUAUAUCGGAAAGCAAAGUUUAAUGUAUACUGGUUUAUUAGCAUCAGAUUACAUAUAUAGUUUGGGCAAAUACUCAUAUGUUUGUCAAUUUAGAUGGAUAUCACGUUUGCGAAACCCUGUUCAUCGGCUUAUAACUCCAUUCGCUCUGCAAAGCUUUAUCGAUGAAUUUGAUGAUGCAGUGAUUGCAUUUUUCCAUGCGGAGGUGGCAUUUGCUAUAUCAUAUGAAUUUCAACAAUACAUCGAAGCAGCAUUAAUUGUUUUCCAACGUCAAGAUUUACUUGAUAAAGUUGGGUUUGCUGUUGUGACAAAUUCGAGCUUAGCAAUGAGCAUAAAUUCGUCACCAAAAACAUGGAUUCAGCUGAAAUCCUGGAACCGCACUUACGAUUAUAAUGAAUCAAAUAUGACUGCUCAUAAAAUUUUCGAAUGGGUUAAAAACCAAGCAUUCGAAUCAAGUGGCCUUCAGUGGAUUAGUCCAGAAAUGAAUGGUAUUGCAAAAAGUGAGGAGUUACUAUCAAUUUUACAGCAUGGUGCAACAGUUGUGGUAUUUUUGGAUCGUCAGGUGCUUUAUCUCCACAGCUGGACAGUUUCAGUGGUGAAACAGACCAUCAUGGAAUAUUACUCAUGUGGUGCAGACUUAACCAAUCAAAUGAAAUCUAGAUCGAACAAACUUAUUGCACUGGUUAAUGAAAGAAGUCAAAUAAUUACAAUGAGCAGUCACAAAUGCCAGAAAAUCAAUGCCCAUACUGCGGAGAUCCGUAAGUGCUGCAUGACAGAGAAAAGUUUGAUGUCUCGUUGUUUCCAGUGUCGAUCCAAACGAGCAAUGAAUUUUUCGAAAAGUGGAAGUUGCAGCCAAUUUCUAUUGUUCUUUUAUAAUGCUUACUCGUCACUGUUUCAUAAUGUUCCUUGUUUAUCCGUCCUUUCGACUUUAAGUGAAGAGCAACUGAUGAAUGUUUGCUGUGCACUGUUAAUUUCAAAAAGUCAAAAUUUUGAUAUAUCACAGAACACACUUGAACAGUGUGCCAAAUAUAGGCUUGCUCGAAAUCUUUAUCGUCACAUUUCUGGUCCAGCCCCAUCUACUUAUUACCCGUUUGAUGCAACAUCGGUCGCGGGCCUUUCAUGUGACAAAAAUAAUUCGCUACGAUUUAUCGGUGUUGAUGGUCGAUAUGGUGAUUAUAUACUAAAGCGAUUGAGGAGACCAUACAAUGGACGAACUGUCGCAUUGAUUGUGGAUCCGAGUACUGAAAGAACUUUUUUUAUGCAAGCCGAGUUUUCCAGGCAUACAUUCCGCGACUUCUUACGCGCAUUUCAUAAUGGUUCAUUGAUGCCGCACGUAAUUUCCCAGGCUUUACGGAAAAAACCGGAAAAUUUGACAUAUAAUUUGUCUGUUUUACCGAGUACCAAUGCAAAAUCAUUUAGAACAGAUGUUAACUCGUCUGAAGAUAUCGUGGUAUUUUUCUCUGGAGGAAAUUGGCAUGGACCAAGUACUUCCGUAAUUCAUGUUUACCAUUCAGUGGCCCACUACUUUUAUCCGUUUCAUAGAUCAAUCAAAUUUUAUAUAAUUGAUGUUUCGUUAAACGAUCUGCCGUGGCAGUUUCAAAUGGAUACAUUGCCCACAGUGUUGUUUUUUCCUGCAGGAAGGAAAUCAUCUUCGUCACGAUUUCCGGCUUUAGUUCCACUUACGGUGCCAAAUUUGAUAGCAUUCAUCGUGACGAGAUGUCAGAAAGAGUUGCGAUGGCAGUUAGCUCUUUCUUCUUGUUCACUGUUAUGUAUUAAAAGGAACAGCCUACGUUUGCAAAAGAUUGCUGUCAUGGCGCUUUGA